AUGGCAUCUACCACCAAGAUGGUCGAACUCCAGCAGAUCAAAGGCCCCUCGGAGCCCUAUGAUCCCAUCUUGAUAUCCGACUCGCAAAGCUCAACACCAAUCUGCUCACAAUUACUCCAUGAACACGUCCUCAUGCCAUCUCCAUUUUCCGCCACCGUGACUCCCAUACUAGACAACGGGGAAAUCGUCCGGGGACCACCGCGGCACGUACACAAUUCUCAAGACCAGGACCUCCAACACCCUCGACGACCUCGGGCAAUCGCCAACCCGGCUCCAUUGGGACUCUGUGCAUUUGCGCUGACAGCGUUUGUAUCGAACAUGAUGAAUGUUCGGCUGGGGUUGUCAAUUGCCGCGGAGAAUGUGGCAUCUGCAUUGAUCUACGGCGGAGCGGUCCAGUUGAUUGUGGGCAUGUGGGAGAUAUACGUCGGAAACGCCUUUAGUGCCACGUCCUUUGGGUCAUACGGUGCUUACUGGAUAUCCUUCGGCUUACUCUCGAAUCUCGAGAAAAACGAAUACGUUCCGGCAUACGACUCGGUCUGUCAAAAGGAGACUCUAAUGGGGAUUUUUCUAAUGGCAUGGUUCACCCUAACCACCCUCCUCCUCCUCUGCACCCUCAAAACCAACCUCGCCACCUUCCUCCUCUUCCUCUUCCUCGACCUCAACUACCUCUUCCUCGCCAUCGCCCAUCUCCACUGCACCCCUUCCACCGCAGACACCCACCCACCUCCACACCUCCCGGCCGCGCUCCUGAAGACAGGCGGCUCCUUCGGCCUGCUGGCCGCCCUGGCGGCGUGGUAUAAUGCGUUUGCGGGGAUUUUCGAUGCGCGGACGGGCUUUUUUGAUCUGCCGGUGGGGGUGUUUCCGUGGGCUGGCGAUGGGGAUGGGGAUGGCAAGGGCAGAGGUAGGAAGACGGGGCGGGGGAGAGACGGGGUGGUGCUUGCGUGA